AUGCUAUAUGGUGCUCGGACCAAAGAGAACUUAUGGGUUGUGAAGAGUGUUGUUAAUGAACAUUUGAACCACAUUCCCACUCCUAGCAAGCCUAACCACAUAUCCAUGUUCCGGGUAAGGAAAAUAACUCAGACAAUCCUGAAACAGAUGGAAAAUGAUCACGAUUCAGGGGCACCCGUGGCACAGAUUUUCAAUAACUUAGUGGGCAGAAGGAAUGGUGUAGAGAAUAUUGGGAAGUUGCAGGAUGUAAUGUGGGUUGAUGCUCGUAGCAGAGCUGCCUAUCAGUAUUUUGGGGAUGUAGUUUGUUUUGACUCCAUUUACUUGACAAAUAAAUAUGAGUUGCCAUUUUCGAACUUUGUCGGGGUGAAUCACCAUGGGAAAACUAUUUUGCUUGGUUGUGCAUUAGUGUCCCAUCAAACUGCGGAAACGUUCGUUUGGCUCUUUAGGGCUUGGUUGUCUUGUAUGGGGGGUAAAGAUCCCGCUGCAAUGAUGACCGACCAGGAUGCUUUUAUGAGGAAGGCAAUUAGAAUAGCAAUGCCAAUGCCUAAAACCAGACAUCGUUGGUGUAUGUGGCAUAUUAUGCAGAAGUUCAGCCGAAAAUUGGGUUCGUUGACUUAUUUUCCCCAAAUAAAAGUAGCCCUACAGAAUGUCAUAUACAACAGUUUGACCCCUGUAGGAUUCGAAGAAGGUUGGGCUGAAGUGGUGGAAACUUUCAAGCUGAAGGAGGCAAAGCAAUGCUACAAGUGGCUAGAAGGUAUUGAUCAGCCGACGACUCAGAGGGUUGAGACUAUAAAUACUUUUUUCGACGGCUACUUGAAGAAGAAUACGAUAUUAUAUCAGUUUGCUCCUACGUACUGCAAGGCCAUGGAAAGUAGGGCGAAUGAUGAAAAAGCUGCUGAUGUGAACUGUUGUCGUUUUACUCGGUCUUUGGUCGGUGAGUUUGUUGUGGAGAGGAAGUUCCAGAAACUAUAUACGGAUGCGAAGUUCGUUGAAGUCCAGAUCCAAUGUAUGCGGGUAUGUUUCGUAACACAUAUUACUUCGAAAGUAGUUUCUCAUAUGGAGGUUGAGCAUAUGGUGUCCGACAAAGUAUGGGUAUGGUCAAAGUUCUUGAAAAAGGAAAUAUCGUUGAGCAAUAUGAUUACGCUGAACAAAGGAUAA